AUGAAUAUUCUGGAUGGCAGUCAAAGCAAAGUAUUAACCUCCAUCCAAAGUCAUCACCAAAAAAACAAAAGCAAGAAAAAAGAAUAGAAACAGCUCAGGCAAAAACUGCAAGAUAAUAUAGCAUAAUAAAGUACAUCACAAUAAUAUGCUCUUAUACUUUGCUCAAAAUGCUAAGAAACCCGAAACAAGAAUCAGAAUAACAUUAAGUAAAAGAAAGAAAAGCUUCCUUACCACAGCUUGUAAAGUACACCCUUCUCAAUUCUCAUUUCCUCUACAUAAACCCAUCUACCACUCCAACUCAUUUCAUCUCACCAAAGAGUCUUACACUUCAUUCUAACUAAACCUCUCUAUUUUCGUCGCGCUCUCGGCCACUCUGCCUGUUGCUUAACUAAGAGCCAUAUAUAUAGAGAGAGUUUUUUUUUUUUUUUUUUUUUUUCUUUGAUUCAAUUAAACACCAUGGGUAAGAGUUUCUUUGUCAAUGCGCUCGGGCUCGUUAGUCUUGUAUUGCUUAUGCAAAGAGGUGAUGCAACUACAUUUACAGUAGGUGGUUCUAAGGGUUGGUCUGUUCCUUCUGAUAAUGGUAAUGUUUAUAAUCAAUGGGCUGAAAGAAUGCGUUUCCAAAUUGGUGAUUCAAUAUUGUUUAAGUACCCAUCAUCAAGCGAUUCAGUGCUUCAAGUAUCAAAAGAGGACUACAGCAGCUGCACAACAACCUCACCAAUAGCCAAGUACACUGAUGGUAAUACAGAGUUCAAGUUCAGCAAAUCAGGCCCUUACUACUUCAUCAGUGGUAACAAAGACAACUGUAACAAAAACGAGAAGCUUGCAGUUGUAGUUAUGGCAGACAGAAGUGGCAAAAGCUCACCACCUUCGCCUUCGGCCUCUGCACCUUCCCCUGAUCAACAGCCACCUAUCGCCUCCCCGCCUAUGGACAACGGCACCACCUUAGCUCCUGCAGGUGGUUUAGGUCCCUCAGCUGACUUAGCUCCUUCAGCUGAGUCUAACCCACCUAAGAAAAAUGGUGCAGCCUCAACUGUCAUGAGUUUUAUGGGUGUUUUUGGUGCAUUUGUUGGUUCUUCUGCUAUCCUAGCUUUCUGAUUGAUCCUCCAUGGUUGAAGAUAUGUAUGUAUGGUGGAGGAUUUUCUUCCUUUUUUUAUUAAUUUUAUUUUAAUUUGUGAUGAUGAAUGUAUUUUCUUGUGAUUUUGAUUCUCAAGAAAGUUGGUAUUUUGUGAUUAUUUGUUGUGUUUGAUGAAUAAAAGAGGUCAUAUUGGUCUUGUGAUUCUCUCAAGUUGAGGGUUAUAUACUUAAAUGUAUAGGCAAAAAUAAAUGGAUUCCAUUAUAUUGUGUGAAA